AAAUCCUAAAACACCUAUAAUUUCAAGGUCUUGUUUAGUUAAUAGAAAUGGCUAUUUCAAGUGCAAGUUGUGCCAAACUCCUAUUUAUCAACCUUCUAUUCUUCACUUUGGUUAGUUCGAAACAUGUCCCAUGUCCUCCUCCUCCUUCUCCACCACCAAAACCGGUGGCUUGCCCGCCACCACCAAAACCGGUGGUGGCUUGCCCUCCACCGCCAAAGGUACCGAGUCCUACUUCAGGGUCCAAGUGCCCUAAGGAUACCCUAAAGUUAGGGGUAUGUGCUGAUGUGUUGAAUGGAUUGUUGCACCUUAAAGUGGGAAACCCACCAAAGACACCUUGUUGCAGCCUUAUUGAAGGGUUGGUUGAUGCUGAAGCUGCCCUUUGUCUUUGCACUGCCAUUAAAGCCAAUGUUUUGGGCAUUCAUCUAGAUGUCCCUGUUUCCUUGAGCCUCCUUUUGAAUUAUUGUGGCAAAAGUGUACCUUCUGGCUACAAGUGUGCUUAGUAAUAUAAGUUUUUAAAACCAUCAUCCUCUAUAUGAUGAUCUAUCUUUUGUGAUUUGAAGUUAUUUACAUAUUGUUGUUUGGUUAAAUUAAGUUAUUGAUUCUUCCUUU